UUAAAAGAAAAUACAAACGCUGCGCUGCCAAUUAAAUAUUUAUUUAUUUAUAUAUAAAAAUAAUCAGAAAAUAGUGUUAAAGUUAGAUUAAUCGUUGGCGUGUGUGUAUGCAAACGCAUUGCAUGGGUGUGAAUGCGUGUGCUGCAUACAAAUACAAAAUACAAGUGAUAUAAGCAAAGUACAAAAGAGCUCGAUUACAAUACGCGACUCCAAUCUGCAGCCGCAGACAAAGGAUAGUUAAGAAACGCAAAUACAGUCACGACUCGACGAUGUCAACCGGAAGACCCAUAAAAUGUGUUGUCGUUGGUGACGGAACCGUCGGAAAGACUUGCAUGCUAAUCUCCUACACAACAGACAGUUUUCCCGGUGAAUAUGUGCCUACAGUCUUCGAUAACUACUCUGCACCCAUGCAAGUAGAUACAAUACAAGUGUCGCUGGGUCUCUGGGAUACAGCCGGUCAGGAGGAUUACGAUCGUUUGCGACCGCUCUCCUAUCCACAGACAGAUGUAUUUCUGAUAUGCUACAGCGUUGCGAGUCCCUCAUCGUUUGAAAAUGUCACCUCCAAAUGGUAUCCGGAGAUCAAACAUCAUUGUCCCGAUGCGCCCAUCAUAUUAGUGGGCACAAAAAUCGAUUUGCGUGACGAUCGCGAAACAUUGAGUGGCCUGGCCGAGCAGGGUUUGACGCCGCUUAAGCGCGAACAAGGCCAGAAGCUGGCAAAUAAAAUACGCGCUGUUAAAUAUAUGGAAUGCUCCGCCUUAACGCAGCGCGGCCUCAAGCAGGUGUUCGAAGAGGCGGUGCGUGCGGUGCUGAGGCCAGAGCCAUUAAAGCGACGCCAGCGAAAGUGUUUAGUUAUGUAAAUAAGCAACGAGGAAUACUCAGAAGAGCAGAGUAAACAGAGAGUCGGAGAAUAACAAAGUGAAGCGACCCUCAUCUCUAACUAAGCGUGAACAAAUCAACAAUCAGCUGACAAACAAGAAAGAAAAAGAAACUUGAUUCAUUGAGCAUUAUCAUUUCCUUUAACAUAAACAAAUAAUUUUGAUUUGGUAUAAGUUGAAAAUUUAAUUUACAUCAUCCAUUUGAAAACCGCAUGGCACAAACAAGAAAAAGAAGAACAAGAAAUCCCUCCUCAUUAGAACUAAAGUGUAACAAGAUGAAAGCAGCAGUUAAACCAUAUAUAAUCCAUAUUGAAAUCUAGUCAAUUGAAUCGAAUCGAAUGUAUUAAUUGUAAACAACAACAGCAGCGGCAGAAAAAUAUAAAGAAUUGAACUAAACAUAAACAUAAGAAACUUCUGUUUCGCAUAUCAGAGAAUAUUUAAGGAAUUCCUAAUUUGUUUGUUUAUUAUGAAGUGUAUUAUAAUUAUAAUGUAGCCCGGGCGUUUCCUAGUUUUCAACAAUAACCAAAAUACUUGACGAUGAGCUCUUAGAGAAAAAAUAUUUAAAUGAAACGAAAAUGAAAAAAACACGUUUAUACGAUAUUUUAGCUUGAAAACAAAAAGCAUUUUUUCUACUAUUUGUAAUAAUCUAAUUAAUUGAUGCUCUUUUGAAACUUGUAACAACUGUUGUUUAUUUUAUUUUAUAAUAACUUAUUUAUUGUCCCUAACUUUAAUAAUGCAAUGUAAAAAAAA